CUUGGGAAGAUGGCGGCGCUGGUGUUUGCAGGCGACGUGGAAGUGGGUUUGCAGUCGGUGUUUCCGCAGGAACUGGAGUUGUUUGCUGAUGCUUUUCCUGUGCAGACCCGGUACCGGCUCUGUGGGCACGAGCUGAGCAUCACGCAGUACCACGGAGCGCGGCUCGGAGUAGCUGCUCCGGUCUGGGAGGCGGCUCUCGUUCUCUGUGAAUAUUUUGAAGCAAAGAAGGUGAACUUUCAGGACAAGAAAGUGAUAGAGCUUGGUGCUGGGACAGGUGUUGUUGGGAUCCUCGCAUCGCUUCUUGGAGGCCAUGUCACCAUCACAGAUCUUCCUGUAGCCUUGAAGCAGAUAGAGGAGAACGUCCAUCGGAAUUUGCCUGCACAAUGCAUUGCACGAACCAGGGUUUGUGCUCUAUCAUGGGGUCUGGACCACAAGGAUUUUCCUCAGAAUUAUGACCUCAUCCUGGGUGCAGAUAUUGUCUAUCUCAAGGACACUUACCCACUCCUGAUAAGGACUCUCCAGCAUGUAUGUGGUGCUCAAUCUAUUAUCUAUCUGUCUUCAAAGAUGAGAGAGGAACAUAAUACAGCACUGUUUUUUGAGACUCUGCUCCCUAUGCACUUCACCACAAAACUCACCUUUAGGAAUGAGACCGAGAAUAUUAACAUCUACAAAGUGACCAGCAAGAAUUAAGUUAGUUAAAGACUAUCUUUGGAUAGUGGAACAUUCAUUUUCCCUCUUUUUUUAAAAAAAGAAAACAAGCAUUGUGAUUUGAGAAUUCAGCAUGGAACGAAUCUCUCACUAAUCUCUGUAAGAACAGAUCUGCAAACCUUUCAAGGAAGAAUCCUGUCUGAGAAACAGCAGCAGUCCUACCAAGCAUAUAUGCCAGUGGAAGUUUAACAAUAGGAGGCAGCCAUUUUCUCUACCAUCUUCCUCCUCUUUUCCUGAAGAGACUGAGAGAAAUCUGAAGUCAUGUCUUUAAAAGGUAAAGGUUCUCCUUGCACAUAUGUGCUAGUCGUUCCUGACUCUAGGGGGUGAUGCUUAUCUCUGUUUCAAAGUCGAAGAGCCAGCACUGUCCGAAGACGUCUCUGUGAUCACGUGGCCGGCAUGACUAAAUGCCAAAGGCACACGGAACACUAUUACCAUCCCACCAAAGGUGGUCACUUUUUUUUCUACUUGCAUUUUUUACGUGCUUUCAAACUGCUAGAUUGGCAGAAGCUGGGACAAGUAGCAGGAGCUCACCCCAUUACGCGGCAGCACUAGGGAUUCGAAUCGCUGAACUGCCAACUUUUCGAUUGACAAGCUCAGAGUCUUAGCCACUGAGCCAUUGCAUCCUCUAUGACUUUAGGAGUGUGUAUUUAUUUCUUUAGGAGUGUGUAUUUUCUAGGGGUGAUAUGGCUUUCAGGGAUGGCUCAUUUUGUUCUUCUUUGCAGGUAUGUUCAAAAGUGGCUAUCAGGCCCCAAAUGGUUUGUGUGCAAAAGACAGAAUAGCAGUAGCACUUAGACUUAUAUACUGCUUUACAGGGCUUUACAGUCUUCUCUAAGCGAUUUACCCCCAACAAUAUUGCCCCUAACAAUCUGGGUCCUCAUUUUACCCACCUCUGAAGGAUGGAAAGGCUAAGUCAAACUUGAGCCUGGUGAGAUUUGAACUGCCAAAUUGCAGGCAGCCAGCAGGCAGCAGAAGUAGCCUUCAGUACCGCAUUCUAACCACUGCGCCACCGUGGCUUAUAUGAAUGCAGUAGUUCUAAUGGUGAGCAAAGGUGGACUCUUUGCUGCGCUUAAAAGGUAAAGGUAAAGGUUCCCCUCGCACAUACGUGCUAGUCGUUGCCGACUCUAGGGGGUGGUGCUCGUCUCCAUUUCAAAGCCGAAGAGCCAGCGCUGUCCGAAGACGUCUCCAUGGUCAUGUGGCCGGCAUGACUCAACGCCAAAGGCGCACGGAACGCUGUUACCUUCCCACCAAAGAUGGUCCCUAUUUUUUCUACUUGCAUUUUUACGUGCUUUCGAAACUGCUAGGUUGGCAGAAGCUGGGACAAGUAAUGGGAGCUCACCCCGUUACACGGCAGCACUAGGGAUUCGAACCUCCGAGCUGCCGACCUUUCAAUUGACAAGCUCAACGUCCUAGCCCCUGAGCCACUGCGUCCCCUUUGCUGCACUUAGGAAAGUUUAUUCAUUUAUUUGAAUUGCAUGCCUGCCCUUUGACAUUUGAUCCUGGGUGAGAAAAACAGCAAGUUAAAAACACACACUGAAGCACAUAACGGGGGAACAUAAAAAUCCACACCAGGGGCAUCUGAAUCUCAGGUGAUAUGCUGUUUCACAGGGAUGAACAAAGUUGCAUUUUGUAGGUCCCCUGAGAUGGUACUAUUGAAUGAAAAGGAUUUAGAACAUGUCCAGAAAUAAUUGGAAACAGAUGAUCCCACAAAUAAUCUAGAUCCCGAGUCAUGCAGUAUAACAACGAGCAUCUUCAAUUGAUGCAGAAAUCUACUAGGAGCUUAUGCAGCUCACACAGUUGCAUUUACUCAGGUGUAGCAAGGUGGUCCCAACCUAUUGCUGCUGCAUUCUGGUUUAGUUAUAGGCUUUGUGUGAUUUUUCAAAGUUGCUUCGUAGAGCACAUUACAGUAGUAUAAAUACAAGGUGAUCAAAGCAUGAAUGACUAUCCAAAGGGCCUCCUGGUCCAGGUAUGGGUGCAAAUGAUGCACAAGAUGGAUUUGUACAAAGGCUCUUUUUUGACUCUUAAAACAGAAGUUGAGAGCCUAGGAGAAAUCCCAGAAUUGCACACCAAUGGAGUCUGGGGCAAUGCAACCUCAUCCAGAACCAGUGAUGGAAUAUCCCCAGAUUUGAGGUGGGGGUGGGUUCUAAACCCCAUAGCUAUUCAAAUUUAAUUAAGAUUGAACCUAAGGUUGUUUCUCCCCAUUUGGGCUCCCAGAGCCUGCAGACCCCAAGAUAGAAGUUCAAUAGCAUCACUUGGUUUGCCAAGAGUCAAAAUAUAUAGCAGUCAUCAGCACACUUAUGACAUCUGUCCUGACCUUGUGCUGUCAUGAUUUCACCCUCACCCAAUAACUUAAAAUAGGAGUGGGGAAAGUCAAGAACUCUAGGACCUUGUAAAGUGGGACCAAGGAAGGCUAAGAUAGAUGCACCAUUUCUAUCCCAGUCGUGCUAGAGGUGAUCCACAAGUAUGAUUAAUGCCAUCUCACUAUUAUACCUAGGGCUGAACCAGGGGUGAAAUCCAAUAAGUUCUGACAGGUUCUGGAGAACCAGUAGUGGAAAUUUUGAGUAGUUUGGAGAACUGGCAAAUACCACCUCUGGCUGGCCCCAGAAAGGGGAGGGAAUGGAGAUUUUGCAGUAUCCUUCCCCUGCCACGCCCACCAAGCCACACUCACAGAAUCGGUAAUAAAAAAAUUUGGAUUUCACCAUUGGACUGAACCCCAAAUUAAAAGGACCUCCAAAGCUGCAACUUAACCCACUUCCCCAACAGACAAAUUGUCCAAUGUUGUUGGAUUUAGUGACUGCUUCUAGAGUAGGGAGGUUUUUCCCCAUGACUAAAAUCCUGAUUUUGCUCUUGAUCCUUUUCCAGCAACAUUUUAUCAUUUAAUCUCUAGCUAGAAGGUCCUUUGAAAGCCAGGGCUCUCUGGAAUCAAGCCAUAUAGGCACAAUGUGAUCCAAGGCUGUCACUCUCAAUCCAAAGUGGCAAUUAAGGCCGCAGUUAAACCACUCAUCAGAAUCUGAGAAACAAAUUCAAGUUCCCUCUGAAAUCCACAGGGUUUGAUAAAACUGUUGUAAGAAUGAUGUGGAAUUCAAGUGUUGGUUCUUGCUUAAAAGUUCAAGUUCGAGAAUGUGCCAGCAAGUCUAAGUGAAGCAUAUAAUAUGUGCAUUAAAACACAUGGUGCCUUUUCUCAUUUUGAGAUGUUUUUAUGUCUUCCUCUUUAAAAUAACUUAUACAAAGUGGAACGUGAUGUUUGUAUGUGCCUGUAGACAAACAACUGCAUUUGUAUUUCCAACACUAUACUGUCCCAUUCAUUUAGGAAUCAAGGUUUCAAUCGAAUUUGUUGUGUACUGUAUCUUAAAAGAUGCUAGUGAUAUAUAUGUAUGUAUGUAUGUGUGUUUGUGCAUUUGGUAAAUAGAUUCUGCAUUGCAUAUCGAUUGUAGAAGUACAGCUGCAACAAUAUUUAUUCUUGCUGCAUUGCAUGGAAAAUACUGUGGUCCCUUGAGAUCAUUUGACAACUUUCAUAUGCCAACUAUUUCAUGAACUAAAAUAAUGUCUUAUUUACGUUACUUGAUCCCCGUCAAUUACUAUACUGCAAAUGGUAAAUCGCUAAGUAUUUGCAUCAUUAAACAGCAUUAAAGUCCAUCUUAAAAACUGCCAACUUUGGGGAAAAAACAACACCGGCCUGGCUGCCUUCCCUUCUCUACGGGCUCAGCGGCGUCUUGCAUCAACUAAUGAAACGCCUAGGUGGGAUAGAGCA